AAUCAUCAUUGGGUAGCUGAUUGUGUCAGACGUGGUGCUUGCUUGGUAGAAUGCGACUCGCAUUGCGUCUCUGCCUGUCGGAGAUUUUUUUUUUCUUUUUUAAACCUUCAGCUGUCUCUAACCAGUAACCAGACACUGAGUGUCUGACACGUUUUUGCUGUAUUUCAUAAAAACAUAAAGGUAGUAAGCUAGUGUUAUAAAUAUUACAAAUGAAUUAUUAAGCCACACACACACCUGGUGUGGAAAUAAAAAAAUAAAAAAGAACCAAAAAAAUAACAAAAAUCACACUGAUCAUAAAAAAUUAAAAGUUAAAAAAGAAAGUUAUGUUGUUCAUUACAUUUUACUUCAUAAUUGCACUGCAUUGUUUUGUUUUCAUUGUUGCAAAAUUUGUUCUGUAAUAUAGUUCGUUUGCUAUCGUGAUCAAAACCAUUGAUCUGAAGCUCAAUCCUGAUGCUGUCCUGUAAAUAUUUUUCUAAUCAGCAAUAAAUAUAACAAUUUCUGAUCAACCCAUAUCAAUUGCAUGCUUAAAAUAACAUACCGGUUAAAGCCCCGCCCAUUUCAAGACAAGCCCCGCCUACCUCCUGGUUAGGCCCCACCCACCCCGAGUACAGAUACAUAUACAGAUAAUUCAUAUGGUUAACAGAUACAGAUACAGAUAAUGCUGUACUCGCUCAUCCCUAAUAUAUAUAUAUAUAUUUGCUGCUGCAGAUUUUUGUUCUGCGUUAUAACAGAAUAUUACCCCCAGAAUACAACAUUGGUUCUUUUAUAAAGCCAGCACUAACACAUCGACUCUUUUACAUGGUGUUUUAUGUAGCUGUGAUUAGGCAGUCAUCGAAAUCUUUGUAAUCUACAAGAAUGAUUAAAUUACAUUAGCGUUCAUGACAAGUUUUCUUUUAAAUUCUAAUCCAAACCUGCAUAGAAAUGUUACCUGAAAUUUAAGUGAAAAAUUAAACUGCACCUUUUAUCAGUGUAUACAUUGUAGAGCAUACUAUAUAUUUAUAGCAAUUAUAAUCUAUUCAUUUGUUUUUCUAUUAACAAACAAACAAAAACUUCCUCAAACUAAUCAUGCUAAAUUAUGGGCCCCCACCUUGAGACAAGUACAUUAUUAGCUCACGUUUUGUGGACAUCUGACCUUCACACCCAUGUUCUAUAUGAAAGGUUUAAAAACAAAGCAUGCUUCUUUUUCUCGAAUGAAAUCGCUCUUUUUUUGUAAUAAAAGUCCAUUCCCUGAAAAAGGCUUUUAACAGAAGCUUUUUUGUGCGAAUGGUAGAGAAAUAAAUGUGAUAAUGUUAUGAGAGCGAUUUUUGACUGGCAAAAACUCGUACGUGUAUAUGUAAUAUUUAUAAAACUUUGGGAGGAAUUAUGAGAGGUGGAUUUUCGUCGAAGGAUCUGGCAACCCUGUCCGUCCCUGUCGCCAUCGCCACAGUAAUGGUAGCGCCCUCGUGUAGUACAUGCGCACGAGGAACAAUUUAUAUAAAUUACAACCUCUUACAAAGGUGAACAUUCGCUGUUUUUUCUUUCUUUCUUUCUUUCUUUCUUUCUUUCUUUAGAUAAAGAAAGAUGAAGACCAAAAAUAUGAAGCCGAAGAAGCACUUUGGGGUAUCUAAAAGAGGGAUCCUUGUGAAGGGCAAUUGGAAAGCUGUGGAUCUCGAUCCCAGCAUUUUCGCCACUGAGACCCUGGGAGAAGUGAUGUGUUUUGAAGAACUCUCAGAUUAUUCCAUGGUUCACUCUAAAAAGACUGCAGCCGUAGCCGGGCUGUUACAAAACACAACAGCCAGCAAGAAACGAAAGAAUAAGAGAAAAGCCAUUGAAACCGAAGCCGUAGACCAUAAUUUGGAAGAAUCUCAGGAAAAAGUGAUAAUGUCAUCUGAAGACAGUCCAGCUCGGAAGCGGAAAAAGAAAAAGAAGAACCAUGAGAACGAUGAUGUGCUCAGAGAUGAUGAUUUCGAAGACAUAGAGGACCAGACACAAGAAGACUCUGAUAAUUACACUGAGUUCGCAACAGAGACAAAACAAAAUACCAAGAAAGUAAAGAAGAAGAAGAAGAAGAAAAAGAAUCAGAAAACUGCAGAACUAACAGAGACUGAUGCCCAUGUAGACACUCCUAACGAGGUACAGGUUGCAUUUAAAAGAAAAGCCAAGAACUGGACAGAUACAGCCCUCUCAAAAACAGCAGGGCAGGAAACUGAUGUAUCAGCAUGGAAAGACUUGUAUGUGCCUGAUCCUGUGCUAAAGGCACUGAGCACACUUGGAUUUUCUGCACCUACACCGAUUCAAGCUCUUGCUCUUCCUCCUGCCAUUAGAGAUCACCUAGAUAUUCUGGGUGCAGCAGAGACGGGGAGUGGAAAGACUUUGUCUUUUGGAAUUCCGAUGAUCCACAGAAUAUUAGAAUGGAAGAAAACCAUUGACAGUAAAGAUGCAGAUGUGGAAUCUGAUCCUGUGGAAGAGAAGAGCAUUUAUUUGCCUUCAGUCAGAGACACAAAAGACACAGCAGAUAAAGGUAGUGUGGACGCUCAAGAUGAGGAAGACGACGACUGUGGUUCUGUUGAUGACCAUCAAAGUCAAAAUGAUGAUACACCAGGAAAUGAGGAAGGGAUCCAGAUCAUGAGCUUUAAUACAAAGACAGAAGAAAAAGAUGAUGGCAGGAAACAGCCUUUACUUGGACUUGUUCUUACCCCAACCAGAGAACUAGCAGUGCAAGUCAAGCAUCAUAUUGAUGCCAUAGCACAGUUUACAGGUAUUAGAACUGCUCUUCUGGUAGGUGGGAUGGCACCACAGAAACAAGACAGGAUGUUGAAGCGCAGGCCAGAGAUUGUUAUCGCCACACCAGGGCGCCUGUGGGAGAUGAUUCAGGAUAAACAUCCUCAUCUGCACAACCUAAGGCAGCUCAGGUGCCUGGUUAUUGAUGAAGCUGACCGCAUGGUUGAAAAGGGUCAUUUUGCUGAGCUUGAGAACCUGCUGGAGAUGCUCAGCACUUCCCAGUUCAACCCGAAGAGACAGACCUUUGUGUUCUCCGCUACACUAACCAUGAUCCACAGCCUCCCUGCCAGAGUGCUGAACAAGAAAGGAAAGAAAGUGGAGCAGCGCAGCAAGCUGGAGGUGCUCAUGGAGAAAGUAGGGAUCAAAGGCAAGCCAAAAGUGAUUGAUCUCACUCGGAAGGAAGCCACAGUGGAGACACUGACUGAAACCAGGAUCCACUGUGACAAGGAUGAGAAAGAUUUUUAUCUCUACUACUUCCUUCGGCAGUACCUUGGGCGCACUAUGGUGUUCGCAAACAGCAUUGACUGCAUCAAGAGGCUUAAUUCAUUACUAACUAUUUUGGAUUUGGAACCACUGCCACUGCAUGCUAAUAUGCACCAGAAACAGCGGUUGAAAAACCUGGAGCGGUUUGCGGAAAGGGAAAGCGGUGUCCUUCUCACAACGGAUGUUGCUGCUCGAGGACUUGACAUUCCAGAUGUCCAGCAUGUCAUUCACUAUCAGGUCCCACGAACGUCUGAGACAUAUGUCCAUCGGAGUGGACGUACAGCUCGUGCUGCCAAAGAGGGUCUCAGUUUGCUCCUGAUUGGUCCAGAUGAUAUGAUGAAUUAUAAGAAAAUCUAUAGGACACUGGGCAAGGAUGAGGACCUUCCUAUGUUUCCUGUUCAGAACAAAUGCAUGGUUGCCAUUAAGGAACGUGUCAAUGUGGCAAGAAAAAUAGAAAAGAUUGAAUAUUUCAACUGCCGUAAGCAGCAUCACAAUUCCUGGUUCAGGCAGGCGGCAGAGGAAAUGGACAUAGACCUUGACGAUGACUUGCUUUUGGGAGGAGACCGGGAUGAUGAGAAUGACAGAGGGCAACAGAAACUUGUGAAAGGCUUAAAGAAACACCUGAAGCACCUGCUCGGUCAGCCAAUCUUUAAAGCCCACAUGAAAACUAAAUACCCUACUCAGAUGGGCAAACUUCAGCUGCCCCAGAUACCUUUGGGUGAUGAAACGGCUCUGAUUAGUGUGCACAAACAAAAACAGAAAGAUAAACAAAAGAAACAGAAAGGAAAACCACAGCAAAUGUAGUGAUGCCUAUACUGGUGAUUUAUAUAAUUAACAUUCAUACAAAAUAUCCAAGGCCAUUUACAGAUCACUUUUGUUCCAUUAGUGAUACAUGAACUGUCUUGUACUGUACUGCUUUUGUACUAAAACAUUAUCUCCAAAACUGAACAGUUUCUUGUUCAUGGUCAGUGGGGUAAAACCUAAUUAUAUACAAAUGUUUGAAAACU